GUACUUUAAAACAAUAUUUACCUAGUGAAUGGUGCGUCUGACAGCAUUGUCUUAUAAACGUCGUGAAUCUAGAUGAUAUAAAUCAUAAUCAUUGUGAGCUGGCAGUGAAAUAAUGCAAAUUCUAAAUUAAUAAAAUAAAUGUGGCGUCAACGUGGAUCCCAUGCGUGCUACGUCAUAGAUGCCUUGCCUUCCUAAACGCGAAUUUGAUUGGCUUUUGACUUUGGUACAGUUACAACAAAUACUCUGAUUGGCCGAAAUAUCUCUGUAUACGGAUAUCUACGGUGUUUAUACAAAAAUGCCGGUGAGAAACGAUAUUACCGAAGUUUCGCUUCAAACGGAAUUAUUUGAACACCAUUGCUAUUGAAACAUAAUCUAUAGCCUGUAGACAGAUUGAAAAAGUAGGAUGUCUUUGAGAACAAAGAUUAACGGGUUCACAGCGUGGGUGAAUCUACGCCUAACCCCCUAUAAUCAGCUGCUCAACAAUGUUUUGAUGGAUCUACUGACAGGGACACACAUGAAAUACCUGUUAGAGAGUUUUACAGGAAGUCACCUGAAAGGUCUUGAAAACUUGGAUGGAUUGACAGAUCAGCAGAAACAAACCAGAAUAGAUUGGGUGGUUGAAGAACUAAAGAAAAAGAAUGUGAUAGCUGAAGAUGUUUUUGUUGAUACAAGGUUGUUUGCAAUGAGAAGUGCAGAUCAUGUGUUCAAUCUGUUAUGGAGACUGAUAAGCCAUGACAUAUGGUUUGUGUGGGAGAGAGCAGAGUUUCUACAAGUAGAUGAUCCUGAUAUUCUUACACAAGUUCAUUUCACUUGGACACCAGAACCUCCCCCAAAGAAAAAGAAAUCAAAAAGUAAACAGAAGAAAUCAUUGCUGUCAGGAUUUGGUGCGUCUAUAACAACAGAUGAAAAACCGGAAAAACCCGACGAUAAAAGAAGAGGUACUCAAAUUUGUUGGAACUUUGGGGCAGGUGAGAGAAAUCCUGUAAAACCGAUGAACAUAAAUGUGAAAAGUUCUGCAGAAGAGGAAUUGAAACAAUCCAGUAGUCUAACAUCUAGUGAUCCCCAAGGUGAAUCAGCCUGUUAUAUGGACAAGGAUUACCUUGCUGAGAAUCAGCUGGAUACAGAGGCAAAAGAAGAUAUAAAUGAUUCACAAGAUAAUGAGAUAAGCAGAGUAUGUAAUGAAGUUUCUGAGAGAGAUAUGACUAGGUAUUCAGAUGACAUCAAAUUCACCUAUACUCAAAAAGAUGACACCAAUAUUGAAAAAGAUGACCUUGAUACUCAAACAGAUGAUAACUCUGAUCAGUCAGAACUUGAUAGUAAACCAUUGGUUAGUAUAUUUAUGGUACCAUUAAAAGAUCCUGAUGAUUCAGAUGAAGAUAUGACCACAUUUUCUGGCAGGUAUUCUCCUUGGCUUCUAGAAGAACUAGAUUCUGACGAGGAUGAUACAGCAAAUGAUUCAGUUCUUGAAAUUCUUCAAGAGAGAAGUAACUCAGCUGCUGCAGACAAUACAGGUAACGUAAUAGUUGAUGAUGACAGACCUGAUAAAACAAAAUUAGACUUGGACACUGAAAUUAAAGCAAGACAGAAUGCAAUAGCUGAAGAGAAAGAAUGUAUUUCUAUGAUUAAAGUUGAAAAUAACACACAAUUUACAAAAGAUGAACAUUUGACAAUGGAAUUUAAACAGGUGAAUAAAGAAGAAUCCAAGAACAGCAAUCCAAAAGAAACCUCACCUGAUAAUCAUGUUGAAAACCAUAAACCAUCAAGAAUGACUAAAACUAAAUCACACAGAAAGGGUAAAAGAUCCAGUUCCAGGGGAAGAAGGAACUCACUGAAAAAAAUCACUGUGAUGCAUUUGGAGGAAAAUAAUUGUCAAAAAGAAACAAAAAGUGUUACAUUUGAAGAUGAGGAAGAUUUAAUAUCUAAUGUUAACAAAAACCAUCAAGAAACAGUUGUUGAAGAAGUGAAUCAAGCAGAGAGUGAUGAUGAUGAGAAAUGGAUCAAGUUCCCUAACGCGGAGUAUAUGAAAGGUUUUAAGAAGAAACAGAGAAAUCCGGAUGAUUACCCUCCACCUGAAGAUUGUAUUCUUGAAAUGAUCAAUUACCAACUAAAGCAUCAUUUUGACUCCACCCGUCACCCUUCAUCGGUAACUCGAGAUGGAAAAGGUUUAUUUUGCUAUAGUAUAGAUGAUUUUGUAGACAGCCGAGUUUUAUGUGCCUUAGUGAAUUCCUUCGUGCCAAAUACCUUCACUGCCGACCUCUUGCUUAAUGACAGAUGGACAAUAAACUUGGCCUUGAAAACUGCAGAGAAAAUGUUUUAUGCUGAGACCCCAUUUGCUGCUGAAGAUCUUGUUGAGGCUGAACCUAUGGCAGUUUGUGCAUAUUUUGCAUUUUUCCUCAUGGUGGCGUACAGAUAUAGGCAGACUACAGCAGUGGUCAACCGUGUUGAUUUUAUAAACAUGUUGAUACGUGAGUGUAAUCAUGAACUGGAGAAGUUUCCACCAAUUAUCUCUAACAUGCAGGAGUUACAGCGUAGGAAAGAUAUAAAACAACAAUUAGACAGACAUAGACAAGCUAUUGAGAAUCUGGAGAAGAAAUAUGACGUGGAUUUCUGUAGGAAGUGGGUACAGCAUGUGGAACAUGUGCAAAAUGAGUUGAGACGAGAAAUCAGAGACAAGAUGCGUGAGAGAUUUGAAACUGUUGAAGUACCCAGAAAUAUCACAAUCAAUGACUUCUGUCUAGCUGCUGUAAUCAAUCUGAGUUUGAGUAAUGGAUGUGGGUUUUACCUCUCAACUGCGAAGGAAAACUUGAGUGAGGGUCGUAGAUUAGUUCUUAGAAGGAAAGAGAAUGGAGAAUUUAUUGAAGACUUCACAAACAAAUCAAAAACGAGUAUAAAGGAUGCUUUACACAUUCAUGAAAUACCUGGUCAAGUGUUGGAGGUCAACCCUGAAGAUUACCCAGACUUUGAGUUUUACUUUGAGGCACAGAGCCGGAACAAACAGCUGAAAACGGGAAGUUUCUUCUUGUAUCAGGUGUUCCCCGGCAACACAUCUACCUGGCAACGGCUGUUUAUCAAAAGUGCACGAGAUUGCGAGUACGAGACUGUAGAAAAAAUGAUUGGGUUCUUCCGAGAAGAUUCUAGUUUCAUCAACUGCCGAGAACCAAAAACUGGCAAUACUGCACUGCAUUUAGCUUGUAGAAUGGGACAUUUUGAUAUAGUCCGGUUGCUUCUAGAGAACGGAGCAAACUUUGAUAUCAAGAAUAACUUCCGAUGUGCACCUAUCAACUUGGCUAUAGAGUCAUUACAGAGGAAAAUAUGUCAUUAUUUGAUAGAAUGGGGAUGUGAUGUUCACAGUAAAAAUGUAAAAGGACAAACAGUUCUAGAGACAAUAAAAAAUGAUGACUUUAAAAGAAAUCUCAUGGAGUUAUAUGACUUUUAUUCUGACUGUGUACCAAAGAUAAUGGGUGGAGAUAUGAAUUUACUGGAUCAGGUGGUAGCAGAUCAUGCCUCAGGUGCUCAAGAAUUUUGCUGUCUCAGGAGUAGAGUUAUCAAUGGUAGUACGUUGUUACACACGGCAGCAUAUUACGGACAUAUUCCUGCCAUCAAGGAACUACUGUCACUACGUGUUGAUAUUAAUAUUAGAGAUUAUAAAGGAGCUACACCAUUGCAUAGAGCAAAAAGUCCAGAAAUCAUGGAGCUUCUUCUGGAAGCUGGGGCACAUGUGAAUGCUGAAGAUUCAGAGAGUAACACUCCACUGCACGUGAAAUGUUAUGGUGAAACAGGAAAGCCAUCAGAUAUUGAAUGUAUCCAGAUGUUACUUAACAAAAAUGUCAGCCUUAAUAUCAGGAAUAGCAGGGGGUUGAUGCCGAUUCAUUGCUGUGUAAUGCAAGGUCGUAUAGAUGUGAUGCAACUGUUAAUGAACCAUGACAAAAAUAACGCCAUAGCAACAGCAUUGAGUAAAGAAAAUGACAAGAAACCUCCAAGCCUCUUACAUCUUGCCUUAGCCAAUGAUUUCCCUGACUGUGCUGAAUGGUUACUGGCCAAUGGUUUCCAGUUUAAGGAGAAAGAACAGGAUAUUUUGAUGAGAAGAAUUUUAACUGAACAAAUUAAGUUAGAGAAAAGAGCUGAGGCUAUCAAGUUUUUGUUAGACAACGGAGCUGAACCAAGUCCAAAAUAUCCUGGUGGAAAUUCAGCGCUACAUUAUGCAGCUAGUUUGUCAGGGACUAGUGAUGUUCUAGAACUGUUAGUAAUGUACAAGGCAGAGAUUGAUGCAGUCAAUGAGGAUGGCUGUACUCCACUCUUCUUUGCUACCCAGUCUAACAACAAAUUUGCUGCUUGUGUAUUGAUAGAACAGGGAGCCAAUGUCAGACAAAAAAAUACACAAGGUCUCACAGCGUUUGACUACAUUAUAGAUUUUGAGGAUUGGAUAGAGUGUGGGUAUUUCAAUGAAGAAGUAAAGGCAAGACUAAAAGCAUACAAUUUGAAGCAUGCCAGGGAUUUGAUCAGGGCUAUAUCAAAACGUGUUAAACCUGGCCCACUGCCAAUGAUAAGACAUGAUUUAAUGAGUAAGUCGACGUUCUCCAUGCAGGCGUCACAUGGUACGACCCAUUACAGAACCGGAACAUCAAUGUCACGUCACAAAAUGUUACCUCCAGUUAGCGGCGGUGCAACUCCAAAAUACCUGAUGUUCUAACAGCUCAAAACUUGUGUGUUUGUAUGUAUAUGUAUAUCUUCAUAGAUACAAAUGAUAUAUUUUUAUAGAUUAUGUCACACUUAAGCAACAUUACAUUAAGGAAGUUGCGAUCUUCCAUAUGCAAUAUUACAAGAUUAGGUUUACAUAAAUUGAAAAGAUGAAGACGUCUUAUUAAGACUUUAAAUUGAAGAAUUGUGUACAGUUUUAUAUGUUUUAAGAAUCCUUCACGAAAACCAUUUUUAGUGAAUCAAAACCUGGAUUUGUAUUCUACUUUAGUCUUGUUCAUUUAUAAUCGUCAUGUUUUGUAUUUUUCAUGCAUGAAAUGAGCUGUCUCUGAGGAAUUUCAUUUACACUUCAUAUGCGAAUGCUUUAUAUGUUAACAUAUGUUGACAAUUUGCCAGUCAUAGUAUAUGUUAACAUAUUGUAUGUGAGCACUUGAUCUGUUAACACUUUAUUUGUUGACACAUAUGAUAACACAAAUUUUAGUGUAACAUGGUCACAUAUAAAUAAAUAAAUAAAUAUUUGGUACUUUGUAAAUCAGGAAACUUUUUAUAACAUGAAAUAUUUAAUACAUGUAUGUAAAUUUAGGGCACAUUUAUUCUUGUAUAUGUAGAUAUCAGUAGAUAUAUACUAUUGACAAACCAAGCUGUGAGGGUAGACCAGUACACCUGAUAUUGUUCUAUAUUGUUGCGACCAAUAUUCUCUGUCAAACAAUUGGCUUGUAGUGAUGCUCAACAGAUUUUUGUCAAUAUUGUUUAUACUUUGAUCAAAAAUUUCCCAUUGUUUUCUUUAAGGAUGUUCAUGUUGUAUUAACACUGACACAAAUUUUUAAAAUGUUUAUACAUGUAUGUAUAAAAUAACAAACCCUAACUUGCACCUAUGAUGUUCAUAUAUUUCUUGCACUUUCUAGUCGUACCUAGUACUAACAUAGUUUUAUUUACAUUUGUGUGAUUGUAUAUAUAUGUAAAUAGGUAUUUUUAUAGAUAAAGCAUUAAUAUUUUCUUAAGUAUUAAAAAUGUUUAUUUUUAGGUUUCUUUUAUUUCUAUGAUCUUUCAUAGUGCCAAAAUGUUUAAAUGUUAUAUAUUAUAUAUGUGUAGAAAUAUAUAUUACUCUUAAGUUUUACAAUCUUUAAGUUUUGUUACAAAAUGUUAUGACUUUUUUAUUUUUAUUUAUUUAUCAGAAAUGUUAUUUAAAACUAUUAAAUAUUUUUUAAUGAAAUUUCCAUGAAUGGCAGAGAGUAAAUGUCUAUGGUAGAUUUCUCACAAUUUAACUUUCAUCAGCAUAUUGUCAAACUUUUUACUUCAUUUCACAGUUUAUGAUAGAAAAUUUGAAGAAAAUAAUAUUUCCA